CCACGUGACAUGGGAAAGGGUGUGUGUUGUAGUCGCCAUUUUGCGGGAAGGGGAGGCCGGGUACACCGUGACUUCGUUCCUGUUCUGUUCCAGCGGAGUCGCGCCUCCCGGUGGCCUCCGAUGUCCGAGCUUUCCCUUACCUACAGACUUCCUGUUGCGCUCUGAUUCCAGGACCUUCUUAACAACUAGGACAUUUUCCCAGCCAAGGGUCUUUGUGACUUCUUGACCUCACAUUCAAAGGUCAGCUCGAAGGUUCCGAACUCGGGCCUGGAUUUUGAGGGGCCGAGCCUAAUUCCUUACCUAGUCUUUAGACCUGGACCUCUAAAACCCACCUUUUAGGCUCCUCACCCCAGGUCUGAGCCUUCAUAUCCCAAAAUUGACUCCCAAGUUUGUAAAUCUAGCCCCGGAUAAUAAAUUAACUCCUAAAUCUCCUUAAACUUUGCAACGCAACUGGUUCUGGGUUAAAGGACCCCUGCUCUGUUAACCCUCCCGGUUGGAGUCAGCCCCAAUCCCUGCUCCCGUGGUUCCAAAUUUUAGCUCUGGUUCUUACAGUCCUACUGCUCAGUCCCCCGAUUUCAGAACAACACUGAAACCUUCAGAAUCUCCGUCCCUGAGACCAACCCGUUUUGGAGGAUCUUUCUCUCCUCCAUUCUUCGUCCCAUGCCAUAGGCUCCAAAAUGAUUUCUCCAUGUUCCUCCCUAGAGACCCCAAUCCUUCCAAGAACCCUUGCUUCCCAGGCCCCCGUCAUUCCAACUUCUAUCCUACCCCCACAUCUCCCCAACUUAGCCUUUCCACCCUCUCCCUCCACUCUCCGGGCCCCUGUUCCCCCACCACCCCCGCUGCCACCGCCACCCCCUGCCACGGGGGUUGCUCCCCCUCAUGUCUUUGGCCUGGAGAAGAGCCACCUUCUGAAAGAGGCCUUGGAGAAGGCCUGCCCAGUCCCCAGGAGCAGAGAGGACGUCAGGAGGCUCCUGAAACUGCACAAGGACCGUUUCAGAAGUGACUUGCAGUGGAUCCUCUUUUGUGCUGACCUGCCCUCCCUCAUCCAAGAAGGCCCUCAGUGCGGGCUGGUGGCCCUGUGGAUGGCAGGCACUCUCCUAGCGCCACCCAGUGGCACCCCCCUGCAGAGACUCGUGCAGAUCGCCAUGGAGAGAGGCUACACGGCCCAGGGAGAGAUGUUCUCUGUGGCUGACAUGGGCAGGCUGGCCCAGGAGGCACUGGGAUGCCAGGCAGAGCUGCUCUGCGGUGGCCUGGGCAGUCCCAACAGAGACCGAGUGCUGCAGCACCUUGUCGCUGGACAUCCCUUGCUCAUCCCAUAUGAUGAAGACUUCAACCACGAGCCAUGUCAAAGGAAGGGCCACAAGGCCCACUGGGCAGUGAGCACAGGGGUCCUGCUGGGUGUACAGGGUGUGCCAAGCCCUGGCUAUGCUGAGGACCCCGAGCUGUCAGGCCUGUUCCACCCCAUGCCUGACAUGCCCUGCCAGCCACCAUCCCUGCCAGAGGAAGACUUACCAGGAGCUGUCUACCUUCUCUGCAAGCAGGGCAAGAGUUGGCACUGCCAGCUGUGGGACUACGACCAGGUCCGGGAUAGCAACAUGCAACUGACGGACUUCUCACCCUCACGGGCCACCGAUGGCCGAGAAUACGUGGUUCCUGCUGGCGGAGUGCGGGCUGGCCUCUGUGGCCAGGCCCUGCUUCUCAGACCACGGGACCCUAGCCACUAGUGUGCUGUGGCCCUGAGCCAGAGCGACAGGGCCCAGACCCCAGCUUCUCCCUUUAUGCGACAGCCCGAGGGUUUGGGCUGGAUCUCUUGAGGACCUCCAGCCUGAGAUCCUGCAUGCAGGGCACCCCCAAUCCAUCCAGUCUCAGGCCUGGGCAUCCUACCGCCACCCCCAAGGCCAUCCCCUUAGCAUCGAGCACCUAUUGUAGGGGCUGGUGUCCGAGCCAGAAGCCUGACAGACGAGCUCCUUGUCCCAGGGGAGACUGAUAACAACAGCUCAGACCCCAUGUCCUGUCCGCCCCACCUGAAUGUCAUAUCCAUCCAUUCCUCGCUGGUGACCACCCUCUUCUAAACCAUCGUCAUCUCUCAACAUCUGCAAGAGCCUCCUCACUGGGCCCCCUGCUACUCCUCAGUGUCUGUUGACAUGGGGCUAGGGCCGAGGGAGGGAAAAAAAAAAACCUCCAGAGAAA